GAAGGGUAACCCAAUCGCUCGACUGACCCGAACCGUGAACUCAGAAGCGAGAACACAAAAGGCUCUGCCCCUCCAUCAUUUGGCAGUUUGUGAGGGUCGGCUGGACUUCGGAUCAGCAGCCGAGAAAUGGAAGGAAACCAGGCGCUAAAUAAUUUCAAAGUUGGAUCUCUGCCCACUGUAAUAUACAUUCCUGACUUCAUUACGAAGAAUGAAGAAACUCUACUUCUAAAAAAUAUUUAUGAUGCCCCUGUAUCGAAGUGGAAAUCUUUAAAAAAUAGGAGGCUACAAAACUGGGGUGGUGUAGUCCAUGAAAAGGGUCUGAUAUCACAGGAUUAUGAGGAAUCACUUGCUAUGAACUUCAGAACAUUUGGAACUCUCUUGCGAAUCAGGUUUAACUCACAUUGCACUGUACACCAUACAGCACUGCGAUUGGAUAUCGUGCCCUCAUGGUUAACAAAGAUCACAUGCAGGAUUUUUGAAGAAUCUGGGCUAUUCCCAUCACCAAUUAACCAUGUCCUUGUCAAUGAAUAUCUUCCUAACCAAGGGAUAAUGGCACACCAAGAUGGGCCAGCUUACUAUCCAGUCGUAGCAAUUCUGUCUCUUGGGUCACCAGUAGUUAUGAAUUUCACUCCCCAUUCAAGAUUGACAUUGGGUGCAGGCACAUGUUCACACAACUCUAUGUAUUCAAAUUCUGAUGGGAGACUUUCCCAGACUGAUGCAAAUAAAUCGUUGCAUGAACACCAACCAUUUUCUGUCUUAUUGAUGCCAUGCAGUUUGCUUAUAUUCAAAGAUAAAGCAUACUCAGAUUACUUGCAUGCUAUAAGCGACAGUGAGGUACAGCGUUACGAUAAGGCUGUAAAUGAAGCACAAGCUCUACCUUGUCAAGGUCUAGAUCAUCCAUCUUCACAAUUGGAUGGAACUGUUGAAACAUUGAAUACUGGGGACCUAAAGAGUAUUCAUAGAACUACCACCCGAGUUUCUUUGACAUGUCGAUUAGUUUUGAAAGUUCAUAAAAAUUUGUUCAGGUUUUAAUCAUCGCUAACAUUAAGAGCAUUUUACUCCCAACUGUGGGAGCUCUUGAUGACUUAUUUCUUUGCAUGCGGGUAUUAAUUCCCAUAUGCAAAACAAGUAAGAUAUCUUUUGCAAUGCUCUUCAUUUUCACCAAAAAAACACUUGCAAGAAAGCAGUUUUGAGAGGAACUCUUA